AUGAUCAGCACGACCAGCGCCUUCGCCGUCUUCCCCACGAAGGGGGCCUGCGCAAAGGCGGUUCAGAAAGCUCAGGGGGGGGUGGAGUUCGGCGAUGGGCAGGAGAAGUUUAGCCUGGAUCUGCAACAUGCGACUCACGAGCCACAGUCGACUCUGUGGGAGCACUUUGCCAUCCCCGAGGCCGAGGUCAACAACAGACUGCGCAAGGGUUGGGUCAUCAUGGGCGUGUCGGUCUUGCUCUGGACGGUAAUCCUUUACCUUCCGUAUGCACGCUACAUGGGCUCCUUCUCGUACGCCAACGGCGACGAGCCUCCAGAAGUGGGCGAGCUCAUAUUCGUAUUGUUGGUCGUGUUGGCGCAGGUCGGUCUCUUCGUUGUCGCUAGCAACGUAGCAGAGAGUGCAGGGUUUCGCUACGAGGACGACCAGCAACGGUUCUACAUCAUUAUGUACAACACCGCGCUGAUCGUCAACCUCGCCAUGGACCUGGCUUUGACAGCGACGCUGAGCUAUAACCAGAUGGCCGGCCGUGGCGUUCACGUUGCAGAUGGUCGCCUCCUGGCGGACUUGACAUCCUUACAAGAAGUCUUCGAGUCGUACCCCAUGCAGAAGUCCAUGGGCAAGUUGCUCCUGAAAUACUGCUGGCCCGCAACGUUCUUCGUACCUUUCUUCCUUGAGCCCAUCGGGAUCUGCUGGCUGCCCUACCACAUCGGCACGAAGCUCAUUGGGUCUGACAAGCGAAUGACGGACGUGCGCGCCGAGAAGGCGCUGGAGCUGCCGAUCAUGGAACAGGGACGCUACGCGGAUGGUACGAUGGCGGAUCUUCAAUGCAAUUCUGGUCUCGGUGGUUCCUUUCAUCGCCCCCGCCUACAUGCAUAA